UAUCGCCCAUGUUUCCGCUUCCCGACGCGACGCGAAUUAGUCUCCAGCGACCCUGAGUUGAUAGGCCUACCUACGUAAUUUUGGGCUAUUACCAAGCCGGAGCGGCCCGGGAUGCUUGGCUAGAGUACUGGAGGUGAAACGACGGGUCGCAGCCGCUUGCCGCUCCGAGAAAUAAGACAAAAUAAAACUUGGGGCAGGUGAUUGUGUGAUAAUUUGUCCGAUCAGCCUGAGCUCAAAGAAUAAUGGUUAUCUCGCUUUAUUCUUGAUCUGUGAUAAGAGACGGUAACCAUGACAAUUGAUAAAGUACAAUCAUCUCUCAGUUCGACGUCUCCACCCAUCCACGUCCAUGUUGAUCAGGAGACACCGGUCCACGUCCAUGUCAAGAAAGGAGUAAAGAAAUCAGCUUCUGCAAUCGCUGUAGAGGAAAAACUGAAAGCUAGCAAGAAUCGUUUCAAUGUAACCUUAGGAUCGGCUGGAAACAUGCGUCCUACAAGCAGUGCAAGGGGACCGUGGGUUCCAGCGCCAGGCAAGAGUACCAGAGGACAGAAAUUCAGUUGGAACGGAUCUGGGGCAAGAUUGGAUAUCCAGCCUCCAACAAGAGAUGGAUCCAGUUCUACCAUGAGGAUGGAAGACCUAGGAGACGGUGAUAACAAGAUGGAGGAACAGUACAGGGACUACGAAGACUGCAUCAAUAGCCUCAUGACAGAAGUUGGCUCUCUCAAGACUCAGAGAGAGGUUGAGAAGAGCAAGAGAGCUGCAGAGAGGGCCAAGGAGGAGCUGAAACUUUCCAGGAGGGUCCUGGAGGAGCAGGAAGAGGAGCUCCUAGGCUUCAAGGAGGAGCUUCAUAUGACAGAGAAGGAGAACAGGCUCCUGAGGAAGUCCAUGGAGCAACUCAAAGAAGAGGCAGACACUUCAAAAUUGGGGAGGAGUCUUGCCAGCUCAGAAAGAGACCAAUUGUUGAAGAAGCUUGUGGAGACUGAGAUGGAUGCCAAGUCAGCUGCGAAUCAAGUAGAAGAACUCAGAGAUGUGGUACAAAGACUACGAGAGGAAAAGCACAUGACUUCCAGAGAUAGCAAAGUGCUGGCAAAGCAACGCCACCUCCUCCUAGAAAAGCUGCAUGAUUUCGAGAUUACUAAUUCUUCUCUUAGAGCCAUGCUACGGGAUGAACAUAAAAGACAGUCACAUCAGAGCCAAGCAGCGGAACAGCGAGAUGUCCUCUUGAAGAAGCUUACCGAAGCUGAAGCCUUGAACCAGAGCCUCAGGCUGGAGGUCCUUGAGAGUUCCAGAGUAGUGGAUUCUAUGAGGGCCAGUCUUGAACUAGAGAGGACCCAAGCUAAAUCCCUGGCGGACCUCCAUGGGACGACAGAGACCACCAGAGCACAUCUUCAGAAUCAGCUCAGGAAGCGAGAGGCUGACUGCAAUCGCAUGGCAGUUCAGAUCAGGAAUCUUGAGAACCAGAUUGAACGUGAGAAACUCGAAGCCGAUCAUCUCCGGGCACAGCUCCUCGCUGCCAAAGAGAAGGCCUCCGCCGACAAGGAGGCCCUGAAGAGAGCGACCCGGGUGCAGAAGGACCGCGCCUCCAGGAGUGAGGAUGCGGUGGAGAAGCUCCAGCUCCAGGUCAUGGAGACGGAGGCCAAGCUGGCGGAGAUGGGAUCCCAGCUGGAUGAAUGGAAGGGUCUCAACAAUAAGGUCACAAGAGAAAAGACCCAGCUGGAGAGUGAUAAUAGCUCUAUGAAAAGGAAUCUUGAAGAACUGGAGCUUCAAGUGAGGGAGCUAGACAUGACCUCCCGAGUUAACCUAGACAGGGUCAAGGCUGAACUACAUCAUAAGAGUACUGAAGCAAGUAACUUCAAACUUGAGAAUGAAAAACUACAGAUUUCAGUGAAGGAUAUCCAAGACAAAUUGACCCAUGCACAUUCCAAUAUUGAUCAACUCAAAUCCAGUAUACAGCAAUACGAAUCCUUAGUAGCAGAUUAUAAAGCACAGUUCACACAUACAGAACAGCAUGUCAUUCAUACAAUGAACCAGUCAAGAAGAGAGGCGUUGGAUGUAUCUCUUCAAUUGGAACAGAGCCAACAUGAAGCUAGCAGAGUCAAGCAAGAAACUAGCAGAGAAAUAGAUAAGGUCAGAGGAAGACUAGAGCAGAGACUACUAGAGCUUGAACCAUUACCAGGUAUGCUCCGAUCCACCGAACAGAAACUAGUGGAUGCUACAGAGAGACUACUAGAGAGGGAGAAGAAGACGAUGGAGCAAACUAAACUCAUUACAGAAUUAUCAACAAAGGCGGACCAGAGCAGUACCCAGUUGGAGAAUUUCCGUCAGAAAUGGAUGUCUUCAGAUGAAGAGUGUCAUGCCCUCAAGGCCAAGUUUGACUCCGUUCAGAGGAGGUUGCAAGAUUGUGAAAAGCAAAAUGAGGAGUUUCGUCUUAAUCUGUCGAAGAGAGAUGAAUCUGUCCAUCAGAUGCAACUGAACCUGGAGGAGCAGAAGCGGGAGAACUCCGGUCUGAUCCGUCAGCUGGAGCAAUCCAUCGCCGACAGCCGACGCCUUGAGGAGGAGUCUCGGGAGAAGGCGCUGGCUCGCGAACGGAACAGUCAGGCGAGGGUCCUAGAUCUUGAAGCUCAGCUUAGUAGAGUAAAGAGUGAACUCGUACAAAACAGAAGACAAAAGGAAGAUCUGGAACGGAAGUUCAACUCUCAGGUUUACGAUCUCAAGGACCGCUUGGAACAAUCCCACAGUACUAAUCGCAGCAUGCAGAAUUAUGUGUCUUUCCUCAAGAACUCCUACGCAAACGUCUUCGGCGACACGUCAGGCAUGGCAUCCUCCCCUUACCAACCUCGAUCGUCAGCACACACUUAACGUUUUAAAAGAAAGUGUACACCCUGGGGAGCAUUUCAGGAGAAGUGUUGUUACUGAUUUUCUCUGACAGAUGUUACAAGCUACUGCAAAUCCACACAUCUGAUUGGCUGAAAAUGAAUUAAACCAUUAAUAUCACAGACUUCAUGAAACCCUCCCCAGCAUUCUAUUGAAUUCACAUACAUUUCUUAUACCAGUGGUGUGUUUUACAAAGCACUUUGUCAUUGACUGUAACAGACAAAUCUUCUUUCGGAAAUUAAUCUCUUGUCAAAAGGACAGCAUUCCAGGCAUGGGUUCAAGACUCAUUCCCUUCUCGUGGUGCUGUAUUGGUGCAUGAAUUUUAAUACUUGGACUCCUGUAACCUGUUGCAUACAAUGUUUGUCGCUAUGUCAGGCAUGUAAGCAAUUUUUUUAAUGUUUUAAACCUUUGAAGUUCAUUCAAAUUGUAUUCACUAAUGGAAGUUAAUUUCCCUUUAACUCAAUAGGCUGUUUAUCGAAUAUUCCUGUUUGAAAAUAAUCUUUGUUUUCAUAUUUAUUUAGAUGAAUAAACAAAUGUAUUUCAGAUAAGGCAAUAGGUAAAAUAUUAACCUAUCAUUGGUGAUUAAACUGUUGCAUACAUUGUUGGUUGCUAUGUCAGGCAUUUUAGUUAUUGUUCAUGCUGCCAAGAACAAAAGUGUUCAAAAUGUAUGUUUGAAAUUAAAAUACUUAUGAACUUGUUUUUUGUUUUUCACCUAUGAGUACUAAACAUACACACAGAUCUUUAUUUCAUGAGUUUCUACGUAUGUAUAGAUAGGGUAUUUAUCAUAGUGUCAGUUGACAAUGGAGAAGUAGAUAUUGAAAUCUGAACUGUGAAAUUGUUAUUGUGUAAAGAGUCUGUAAUUCAAUUUAAUAUAAGAUGGAAAUAUGUGUAAAUUACAAGGAUAUUAAUAAUUUGUUUCUAUUUCAUUGAAAGGGUACUUUCCUUACAAUGUUUUUAAUCCGUCUCUAACUUGGUACUUAAUUCAUCCCACACUGAAAUAUUAGAUUUUCUCGUCCAUUCAUGAUAACUAUACCUGAUUCAAUGAAACGAUUUGAAUUUUCAAUGUACCUAUUUUUGAUUUUUAAUAGCAAUUUUGGUUUAUCUUUGGUUAAAUCAAAAUAAGAAAAAAUUAAUGUCCCCAUCAGCUAUCAAAAAUUUGUGAUGGAUCUGUUUUUUUUUUAAUUUGCAAAGGUGCUUAUAUGGUUUUAUCUUUUUAGCUUGUGAUUUUACAAUGUAUAAUAGCAUCAGUUUUAUGUUCAGUCCAUACACAGAAGUCCACAUAUGAAGAGUUUGGUUGCAUAAGGGAUUAAAACCAUGGUAUUGUGUUUGGAGAAAAUCACUUUUGAUCUUUAUAUUUACACAGAUAUCUUCAGGAAAUUUGAUAAGGAAAGUGCUCUUUUUUUCAUGAUAACAUGUACUUUUAGUCUUUUAGGUAACUGUAUUCAAUAACAGGAAAACAGAUUUUUCCUUUAGGUUUUAUGAAAAGUUGAUUUGUCUCUUUUUUGCAAUGAAGCCUUUCUCUUUGAUGUACAUUAUAAUGUGUUUUGAUUUUGUUCUGUACAAUAGUGUACAUAGAGUAUAUAGUUUGUGAGGGGUAAAGAAUUUGUGAGAAUAUUUUAUAGAAAUGUUAUCUUUUUCAAUUCUUAGAUUGUGUGUAAUUAUAUAUUUAUGAAGCUGUGCGUUAUAUUGUUCCAAGAAGAGAGCUACAUUUAUUUGCAGUAAUAAUCAUUUUCUAAUUGAAAAUUUACAAUUGACGAAAAGCUACAAUUUAUCUCACUACUGAAUAAGAAUAUAUAGGAAAUCAUAAGUCAUUCAUAUUUCAUGACAAUCAUAUCGACUAUUCCUGGUGUAUGAUUAAAAAUGUAUAUGUCUAUAAUAUUUAUUAUUUAUAAGCACUUAUGGCAGUUCUAAAUGGUUCUGGGAGAAAAGAAUAUCAGGAUUCAAGUUUGUUGUCUAUUUAGCUGAAUGGUGGUGUUUCAGACUUAAUGCAACACUAACAAACAUCUUUUUCACAAUAGGAUAUAGGGCAUCAGUAAGUCUUGCAGAGGCAAACUGCGAUCUAAUCAAAUUUCUUUUUAAAAAGUUUGUGAUAAUUUAAGCAUGUUAGAGAAAAACAAUCUGUCCUGAUUUGCCUUGGGGCCAGCUCAUUGUAUCAUUCAAUGUGACUCAUAAUGUAAUAAUUGAAGUUUUAUAAUGUAUUACAUGAGCUGUGACCACAAGGGAUGAUAUCAUAAUGAAAUUCAAAUUUUAAUUUACAAAGAUUGGCUUUUUACCAUAAGCUAUUGGCAAUCAAAUGAAUAUUUUAGUAUUUUAGAAAGGGUCACCAGUCUUUCAUAAAGUAACCUGUAACCUAUUUAGGGCUAUAUUAAAGAGAAAUACCAGUAGUUGCAGUAAACACUGAUUUCAUGAGAAAGUCUGUAAAAACCAGGCUUAAUUGUCAGUAUAUCAUCGAGGAUCUAGAUCUGGUACAGUUACAUGAACUGAACUUUUUGAAAUCUACGCUGAAAAAUGUUCACACUGAAGAUCACCAACACAGAUAGGCACACCUUGGAAAGUAUAUUAUUUUUGCUGGAAUAAAGACCUGACGGAAGUGACCGAAUCUGCGCUUAUUUAAAGAUUAUCCUAAGUUUUUGGUAGACCCCCAUACAUGUCACUUCCAUUUCAGUCGUAGAUUAUAUUAAUGCAUGUGCUCAAAAAAUCGAAUGUGGUGUGAAGGAAAAACUAACACUGUUUUUUUUUUCAAUAAAUUUAUUGAUUUAACAGCAGAAUUUAAUUUGAACGGGUGCCCGAUCAAUGUAGAAUAUCUGCCUAUUUUUGUUUUGUUUGUAUAAAACAGAUUCUCAUGCACGAAAUGGGCUGAAAAUUUCAGGAUAUAACCUUUGUCAGGACCCUUCUAAUAUCCAGUUAUGUCAACAAAUUCUCAAACUGUUUUUUUAAAUGAAAAUAAAAAAACAUUACUGAUAGAGGGCACUAUAUUUGAAUUAAAAUCCUAAGAGAUGGAAAAAUGCCAUAUCUGAAUACUCGUGGGUAAAAAAUGCAUCUAAUGACUACACUUUUGUAAAAAUGUAAUUUUUAAUGAUACUCGAAAAUACAUGUAGUUCACAUUAAUGACCCUUUUAGGCUUUAAAACAUACACUGUAAAUGCUAAUUUGUUCGUAUACAUGUACAACUAAACAGUAAUAACCUAGUAAGUUGUAAAAUAUGAAGAUGAUAUCUGGUACAAAUGACAAUGAUUCUGAUUGUUCUGUGCUUCUCCUAAUGUGCCAUCCUGAUUACGUGACUAAAUCAGACAUUUGUAAGAAAACAAAAAUCCAAUAAAUGACCCAUUUCUGAAAUAAUAC